UGUCAGGGUUGUCUGACCAAUGGGCUUCUAGCUUCUAUCCUCCGCCCAUAACACAAAGUUUCUGGAAAUGUUUUUGUAUGAUCUGUUCACAUAAGUUUCUUUAGCCUAAUUUAUAAAUCUGAGAUCUACACUUUAAAUUAAUGGUACAUAAAAGCAUGAAAGACACUUUUAAAUCAAUUGCUGUUUUUUGCAGUUUCCUUAGCUAAACAGGAAGUCACAUUUAAUGCACAUUAGGAAAUAAGUAUUGUAAGUAAGUCCCAUUACAAUUAGUUCAAAAUAAAAUAGUAAUUUAACACAUGUAAUGCACAUACAGUAUGCAUACUGUCGGAACAACAGCAUUAAUGCACUUAAAUUAUCUCGGCUGCUAUGAAAAGACGAAUCUUAAGAUAAGAUUUAAAAACAGGUUUUGCCAGUCAAGAGAGUGAAAGUUUACUGUAAAAGGAAAAGACCGACAGAAAAAACAAGAGGCUAAGAGUCUCUAAGGAAAUAGACAAGGUGUUUCACACAGGCUGCAGAGCUGUUCGGUAAAUGGUACAGACUCUGGAUUGACUCACAGAGACUGAAGAUUAUACAUGAAAUCCAGUGAAACCUAAAGUGAAGAAGCGACCGAAGGUUUGGCUCAGUAAUGGAAGAAUGAAGAUGAAAGACUAUGGAGAGACAAAUAUCUGAGAAUAAUGAUCUGCCGGACGAUGUUAAACUGGAGUCUAUGUUGAUGAAUCUGACUAUAAAUGAAAGUCCAAAAACACAUUUACAUGUGCACCCAGACACGACCAGUCAAAAUGUGUCUAGUUCUCUGGAGUUGGAAGAAGAAACAACUUGUGAAGAACAAAAUGAAUUGGAUAGCACAGUCAGGUCCGAUGUUGAUGAGGAAAUAACUAAAAAGUCAGAAACAAAGGACAUAAAUAAAGCUGAUGAAGAUUUCAAGGGUUUUCCAGAUGUGGUUCCUACAUUGGAAAGAAGAUUACCCCCUUUGUACAUUCAAACACGGAAGAAAGAUGAUAAAGAGCUUAGAAUGGAGGAACCCAUGGAGGCUGGAGCUGCAUUAUUGCAUAACAGUCAGAAGGAGAGUCCUUCUCAACGGUCAUGUACAUCCACAUUUUACCUUCCAAAGUCCUCGAAAAGAGAUGAUGUUUCACAAACAGAGUUGAAAGAUGAAGCUUGUGGUUCAGUCACUAAGUUAACUCGUCAAAGACAUGUAAAUGUUACAGGCAGGUCAAGAAGGUCUGCUUCUGAUCCAGAAGGUCCGUGUCUGAUCCAAAAGCCCAAAGAACCUAGACCUCUCUCAGCUCCAAGUGUUUCAAACUUGAAUGAAUAUGAAGAUCCAAUUGAAGGGUCAAUAAAAGACUCCGGCAACUUGAUCAAAGGAAGUUCCCCAACAGGACGAAAGGAUUCAUGCAUUGAAGAGAGCUUUGGAGAAUGGGAACAUGAUAUGUCCAAACUUCAAAAUAAAGGAAUGAAAAAUAAAGUGAAGACUUUUACUCAGAAAAUGGUGGGAAUGCUCAAGGAAAAACCCAAUCGUGUGCAUAUUGGCAGCAAGAGCAGUCAAGACAGUGUGGAAGAAGAGGCACAGUCUUUGAGUUCUAUGGAAAUGGAGGUUGAAGAACCAUUGAGUCCACCACCACUGCCACCCAAAAGGGGAAGAUAUGUUCACUUAAAAAGAAUGUUCACCUUAAGAGACUUUGAACUCAACCUUGAACCAAUCAACUUAAUGGAGGAAGUAUUCACUGGGGAGGAAUGGUUGCCUUAUCUGCCCAGCAAAACCAGUUCACCCCAGAAAGACGCUGGUAAACAAGCAAUGCCAGAUGAUGUUGUCCAUCCAGACAAAAAUACUGAGCUUCAUCAGAUGACAACAGAGCAGAACCAAACAGAGGAUGGAAAUGAAAAGCAGUCAGAUGUGAAACAAGACAUUAUUAAUGAAGAUGAUGAGACUAUAAGUGAGCUGGAUAAUAAAAGAAAAGAAAACAGACACUUGCCUGAAAGAGAAAUUGAGCCGAAUGCACACAUUUUUGCUAUUCCUAAAGCCCUGCUAUCAAAUGCUGCAAAACAACAAAGGCAACGCAGGAUAUCCAGUGAGACAAAUAACUCUGAUGAUGUCUAUGACUGUAUGGGCACGUUCGUGAUUCCCAAAUAUGACUUUCUAUUAAUGGAAAGGAGGUCAUUGGACGUUUAUCUGGACUUUUCAACAGUCAAGGCACUGGAAUUGUUGGACAACUCUGCCCUCAAAAGUCGAAUUCGUUUAAGCAAAAAGAGACCACACCGACCACCUAAAAAAUACAGAAAAGAAAAGGCACAAAGACUGAACAGCAAGUUCUACGAGAUUCCCUCUUAGUUCCUGUCAGAUUACACUGUCCUGAAAGCCUCAUCUUUCGACAAUAUGCCACUUUGACCACUCAAG